AUGAACCGGCAUCGGCUUGCUCAAAGUGGUGCUAGAGAAGUUAGUAACAGGUACUUGAAGUCGGUUUUGCAACAUCAUCGAGAGAACGGCGCCAGGAGCGAAGUUGUGGCAGAUCACCAGCUGAAAAAUUUCAAAAUUUCAACACAAGACUUCAUCUCCACAACAAGGCCGUCAGAAGCUGGAAAAUUGAACCCCAAAAAGACACUACAAAUCUCUUGUUUCUCAAACAAAAACUGGCGAAAACUGCUGGGAAGCACACCGAGCGUUUAUUUCGCCAUUAGGGUCUCGAUGAGACUUUGGUCUUUGGUCAUCCUCUUCUGUGGCUCAAACUCGCUGUCGUCUUUCCUCAAAGCAUGGAAAAAAUAG